GGAUAGCCUCAAAUCGCAUCGCAUCGGCUUUGCUCCACUCGGCCUCUGCGGACCCAGACGGGCCCUGCAAAAUUGUCUAUAGCUGCCGGUCUUGGGCUGUCUGCCAAAUUUUUCGGUCCUUGCGCUUCGGGAUGCCCGUCCCUUAUUAUUUUUUCUCGUUCAUUCUCUCUUCCCUUCCCCCGAUCUGGGAAGGGAGAAGAUCAUUCUGGAGAAGUAUAAGUAAAAGGAGCUCCUUCGGUCUCCAUCCUGUUUGACAUCUGUUCAGCCCCCAACUGUCUGGAGUAUAUCUCGGUCUAUUAUCAUCGUUGGAACUCAGUUGCAUAUAAACUCAGCCGUUUUCCGUCUUCGAACUUAAAUCAUCUUCUUCCUAUCCUGACACCUCUUCGGCACAUGUCCAAAACUACUCAUCAUGACCAUGAACAUGCAGGUUUCUGGCGGAGACUGUUGGGCAAGCUCUCCAGUCAUGGACGCAAACGAGCCAUCCUUCGCAUGGCAUCCCGCAAAACCUACCGAAUUGGACACUGAACGCCGUAGACACCAACACCACAUGUCCGCCGGCUCUGGUGCUGAAUUCCCAGUGAGCCCCGAUCAGGACAUAGAGACGCCCACGGAUGCAUCGCGCGCUAGUCCGGAAUACGCGCAGGUCGACCUGAACGACUGGUAUCCGCAGUAUCUGGGAUGCAUGCAGCAUUUUCUGGACCACGCGCAGCACUCCCUAGCCGUACAAUCGCUGGCAGCGUUCGUCAACAUCCGACUUCCCUGCCAACGCCAGCGCGAUCCUAUUCUCAGCAUGUCCGGCCCCCAGCAGGAGCAGGGUCAGCAGCAGCAACCGCCCCCGACUCUGGGAUCGGACUAUCAUCCUGGGGUGGAUGCCCAAACGCCCACGGCGUCGCAGGUGUGCCUGAGAUCGUAUAUCCGGCGUCUCAUCGUCACCGGCAACGACACGCCCCCCGUGUUACAGGCCUUUUUCGGGGCGGAGUGGGAGACGGGCCUCGGCUGUGUCUGGAAGCAGGAGCGCGUCAACUACUUGUUCUCGGCGAAGAGUGGCGGCUGGGCGUCGACCAAGGCGGCGUACGAUAUCCUGCCGGACGAGCAGACGCCCUUUCUACGACCGCUCCAUGCGGCGACGGAAGAGGAGCUCCGGGUCGCGGAGUCACGAUGGAGCGAGUGGUUGGCGAUGGAGGAUUGGAUGGUGGGACCGCGCAGUCCCUGGUGAAUUGAUCUGGAGAGGUGGUGUCUACGGUCUAUUUGGUUAGGCUGACGAUGGGAUGAUUUACGACCGGGAUGAUCACUAGUCGCUCUUUAUUUUUGGCUCUAUUUUCCUUUGUUUGUUUCAGAUACAGUCCUUGAAUAUUACUA